CCCUGCUGCGCGUGUGCACCUCGCUGCUGCCUACGAAAACGCGACUCGCGGCUUACUAUUAAAGAUCGCGUUCUGCUCUGCCACUUAGUGUGCGUUACUCAAUUCGUGCAAAAUCAUUAUCAUCAUCCCGGUCUGUCUAUGAUGCACGAGCGAAGUGUUAAAUUCGUAGGUGGACGCGGUGGAAUCGGAAGUAUCGCGCGGUGUGGAUGCUGUGUCUUUGCGCUUUUCGUCAUCUUGGCUAACAGUUUAUUUUCUGGGCCUGUAGUAAACAUUAAAUGGGGUCCCAUACUCGGCAAGUGGAGCAAAAGUCUAAAUGGCCAGCCAAUUGCGAGUUUCCUCGGAAUACCGUACGCACUGCCUCCGCUGGGCGAUUUGCGAUUUAAGAGCCCACAACGUUGGAACCGCACGUGGAUAACAGUUCGCAACAGCACAGUAGACGGUCCGAAUUGCGCUCAGCUCGAUAAGUCAGAAGUGAUCGGCAGCGAGGACUGCCUCUAUCUGAACGUCUUUAUGCCUAUGAUUCCAGGAAACUGCCCGACAAAAUUGCCGGUUAUAGUCUAUGUGCACGGAGGCAGUUUCAAGACUGGCAGCAGCGAUAGCAAACUAUAUGCACCGGACUAUUUGAUGGAUCAUAACGUGAUCCUCGUCACUUUGAAUUAUCGGCUCAACGUUUUAGGGUUCUUCAGCACCACAAAUCGAGUCGCGCCGGGCAACUAUGGCCUCAAAGAUAUAAUAGCGGCCCUCCAUUGGGUACAAGAAAAUAUUCACAAUUUCGAGGGAAAUCCCGAAUCGGUCACCAUGAUGGGAUCGAGCGCCGGUGCCGCCUUAAUCCACUUUCUCGCGCUUUCUAAGAAAACGGAGAGACUAUUUCAUAGGUACAUUCUGCACAGCGGAACUGCCUUGCAUCCAUGGGCUUUUCACUCUAAACAACCGUAUAGACAAAUUUGUCUGAAAUUGGCGAGGCUGGUCGGGUGCCUGUCGAAGAAGGUCGACAACGUGACCAUGUUGAAUGAGACGAUUAACACGGAAUUUUCCGGGGAGGAAAACAUACAAUAUAACGUGUACGACGCAUCGAGUGAUAAUGAAGAACAGGACGAAGAGAUGAUGAAGUGCAUGAGAACCGUUGACACGCGAACAAUGUUGAACAUGACGCGGGAAUUUUUCGUUUGGAGGACGCAUCCGUCUUGCUUCAUUUCUCCCAUAUUGGAGGAGGAAUCUGAAGACGCUGUUGUGAUAAUGCAUCCGCUAAAAGUUAUACGGAACGGGUUGUUCCGCGAUAUACCGGUGAUAAUUGAAAUCGUAAAGGACGAGGGUCUGAUAAAAUCGCUCGACUUCUUCAUUGAUUCCAACGCCCGAAAUGAAAUGUUAGAGAACUUCGAAAAAUUUUUGCCUUUUCUGAUGGAAUACCAGGACGUGAUUUCCGAUACCAGCACUUUCGCCGACGCGAUACAGAAUUUUUACUUCAGCGGGAAUAUAACAGAAUCGAAUUUCUUGUACAACAUCACGGAGAUGAUAGGCGACGGUUUGAUGACGUGGCCAUCAUUUCAGACAGUGCAGUAUCAAUCGGAAUUGGGAAAAGCUAGCGUUUACUUCUCUCUUUUCGCAUAUAAAGGGACGUUCUCGUGGAGCUUCAGAAAAGGCGGCUCGGCUCAUUACGGUGUUGAUCAUGCUGAUGACAUGAACUAUUUCUUCCCUCUGUUAAACAAUAUGUUUGCGGACCGGAUGCUGCAUAACACGGAGAACGAUCGCAGCAUGAUCCAUAUCAUGACGGAGAUGUGGACGAAUUUCGCGAGAGAAGGGGUACCGAGAGCAUGGAUGAUCCUGAAAUGGCCCGACUAUCGCGAUCACCAUAAGUUCAUGAGAUUCGGAAUUGAAGGAUCACCGGAAAUUGUAGUGCAAGCUGAUUUUUUGUCUGCCAGAAUGGAAUUCUGGGAGAAAUUGAUAGCGAACGUAUCGGUAAAAUACGAUAUAGAACUUGACGUGUCUACUAAUUCUCCAGAAAGUAUGAUAACCGUCUCUGAUGCGAUUGAUCAUAAAUUAACGUUCAGUCUCGCGAUAUUAACAAUCGUGUUUGUUUGCGCGCUCAUUUAACGAAGAUAGUCGGAAUAGUAUCUCAUCGAUUUUUAUGAGCCUUGGAUAUGUCUGUAGAACAUCAAUAAAUAAAAGACCCAUAUAUUUUUAGCGGCGUAUCUCGGCGUUUAGGGGUUAAAACGUCCCCUUGAAAAAAACGGUUUUUUUAUUUUUAGCAAAUAUGUUCUAAAGUACGAAGUAUAUGAAAAAAUGUCUCAUACAAAAGUUU